GCGCUCGGGCCCGGCCUUGCCUUGCACCCAGCUCGGAGCUCUGACGCGCGUGUGACGUUAAUAAGGUGGGUAUCAAUUUGUUAUGGUGGUUGAGGGAGGGAAGGGAGGAAAGGAGGAGGAGGAGUUCCCCCUGUGAGUGCCGAAACCCUGCUCUGCAUUCCGGCGGAGCGCACAGGCACAAACCGACCACAGUCCAGUCCCGGAUCAUAGUCCCGGGCCCAAAAGACUGGUCCUGAAAACUCUAAGACGGAAGGGAAAAGUUACUCCGCGCAUAUUUUUUGUACAGUCUCUUGCCUCUGUUGUUCAUUUUCUCGCUUUGGUUGUGGAAUGCUUUACUUUUCGAGUGAAAGCUUUCUGAACUGUGAGAGAAGGUGGUUUAUGUCCGCUCUUUGAGGUUCCAGCCCUAAUUAUCCCAGUGCUGUAACUCCAGACUGUUGGUGCACCAUGGUGAUCAUGACAGAGAACAGGGGACCUCAGUCCAGCCCUGCCCAGGGUAGGCCACUGCAGGUCGGCUUCUACGAGAUCAUCCGCACCCUGGGAAAGGGCAACUUUGCUGUGGUGAAACUAGCAAGACACAAAGUCACCAAAACACAGGUGGCCAUCAAAAUCAUCGACAAGACCAGACUAAAUCCCUCAAACCUGGAAAAAAUUUACAGAGAGGUGCAGAUUAUGAAGCUGCUAAACCACCCCCACAUCAUCAAGCUGUACCAGGUCAUGGAGACCAAAGAUAUGCUGUACAUUGUGACAGAGUACGCAAAGAAUGGAGAGAUGUUCGACCACCUGACUUCAAAUGGGCGUUUGAGUGAGGACGAGGCACGGAAGAAAUUUUGGCAGAUUCUCACAGCCGUGGACUACUGCCAUCGACACCACAUCGUUCACCGUGACCUAAAAACCGAGAACCUGUUGCUGGAUGCCAACAUGAAUAUCAAACUGGCUGACUUUGGAUUUGGAAACUUCUACAACGCCGGGGAGCCUCUAGCUACAUGGUGCGGCAGCCCGCCUUACGCUGCCCCUGAGGUGUUUGAAGGAAAAGAGUAUGAGGGGCCUCAGUUAGACAUAUGGAGUCUUGGUGUUGUGCUUUAUGUUCUUGUCUGCGGCUCUCUUCCGUUUGAUGGACCCAGCCUUCCUGCACUCAGACAACGAGUCACAGAGGGGCGAUUCAGAAUCCCCUUUUUCAUGUCCCAAGACUGUGAAAACCUGAUCCGUAAGAUGCUGGUGGUGGACCCAGCCAGGAGGAUCAGCGUGGCCCAGAUCAAGCAGCACCGCUGGAUGCUGGCAGACCCCACAGCCGCCCACCAGACCCUUAGCCACUCCCUGACAGAGUACAACUCAAACCUGGGCGACUACAGUGAACCUGUGCUGGGCAUCAUGAAUACACUGGGCAUCGAUCGCCAGAGAACCAUCGAGUCCCUGCAAAGCAGCAGCUACAAUCACUUCUCUGCCAUCUACUACCUGCUAUUGGAGAGAGUGAAGGAGCAUCGCGCCCAGCAGCUCAGCCGCCAGUGUGGAACCUGGAGCCAGAGACCUAGGAGCACCUCUGACUCCACAGCCCCAGAGGUGAUUAUGGAGUCCACUGACAGCUUUACAGCCACAGCAUUCUCAGCUGCUGCCAAAGGCAUCCCUCCUGUGUACUCAGAAAAGGAGCAUGACCAAGGCGGCUUGUUCCAGCGAGUGGUGUUCCCAGUGGAGGCGAGCCUGAACAGACUCCUCUGGAAUCGCUCCAUUUCCCCCAACAGCCUGCUGGAGACCAGCAUCAGCGAGGAGGUGCGACCCAGAGACCUGGAGGAGGAGGAGGCAACGCAAAGUCUUGGGCCCCUGCUCCCUCCCACCACCACCUCCCGCAGACACACUCUGGCUGAGGUGUCAGCCCGUUUCCAUCAGUGCAACCCUCCAUGUAUUGUGGUCAGCCCUUCAGAUGGUGCCUCUUCUGACAGCUGUCUCAAGUCUUCAUCCAGUCCGGCCCCCAUCUUGCAGGCUGCUUUGGGUGAUAUGUCAACACUUCUGGCCUCUAGGGCUGAAGGUGGAGCUCUGCUGCCUGCUGGAACUCCCCUGGCCCUCUCCUCCCACCUCCUGCCCCAGGCACAGGGCAGCCUGCCCGCUGCUAGCUUCCAGGAGGGUCGCAGAGCCUCCGACACCUCCCUCACACAAGGCCUCAAAGCUUUCCGCCAGCAGCUGAGGAAAAACACACGCACCAAAGGGCUACUGGGAUUAAAUAAGAUUAAGGGUCUGACAAGGCAAGUUGCUCCUCCACCCUCCUGCAACCGCGGCAGCAGAGGGUCAAUCGGUCCGGCUCUCUCAGAGCACCGCAGCAUGUUGGUGGAGGUGCUGCACCAGCAGAGGAUGCUACAGAUCCAGCACCAACCCCAGCCUCAAGUCCAAGCUGCUCAGACAGGACCUACCCAGAAUCCUCUGCUCUUUCUGGCUCAGAACCAAUCAACUUCUCCUCCACCUACUACCGCAUUUGCUGCCUCCUCCAUGUUUGAAACCUCCACCCCCUCCACCCUGCCUUCUCAGCAAACUCCAGUGGUCCUGCAGCAAGGUCCCUGGCAACAAACCCUCGAGACCUCCUCCUCUUCCUCCUGCUGCUCCUCAUCCAACUCAUCCUGCUUCUCCUCUUCACUGUCCCCUGUGGCCUCCGCUGCUUAUCUUCUGGAGGCUCGUCUGCACAUCAGCCAGCAGACCCACCCUCACCCCACCAAUGGCCUCCAGCAGUUUCCCCAGUCUGCAACACAAGGCCCCUUCACUAUUAUGUCCAAACCAGCGGUGUGGAGCACAGAUCCUGACAUGCAGGAGCUGUGUCUGGCUGCACAGCAGCAGCAGCUCAGUAGCUGCGUGAUGGUGAAGUAAAUAUCAGCCAUCAAGACCAUCGAUUGUUCCGUCUGGGGGAGACACCCAGGAAAAAUGAUGACUUGAUAUUGAGCUGAGGAUAAAGAGCAGAAGGAAGAACAAAAAGCAGAUGCAAGAGAAACCUUAUUUAACAACAUGCUGUACACAUGUGAGAAUGUGUCCACACACUUGUGUAUGUUGUAUACGCUUUUGAUAUGGCAUAAGCUAAAGACUAAGCAAUAACCAAACUGUACAAGGUAUUGAAGCUGUAUGAGACAGCCAGAAAAGCAAUAAUAGACUGAAGGACUCUCAUCCAGCUUCCUGUUGGACUCACUUGAAUGAAAUGAGAGCUGAAGUAAGCUGAUACAACUGUGUCACAUGUUUUUAUGCUGUCUAAGUCAGUGUUUGGAUUUUUUUUUAUUAGAGGAAGGCUCCCUCCUCUUCAGUUUUUUUUUGUGUAAUUUCCUGUUCUUGUUUUUUUUUCACUUGACUGGACACAAGACCAAAUUCUUUUCUUUUUCUAUCUUUUAUUCAGACUGUGUUCGCCUUUUGAAAGAGACAUUUCUCUGUAGCAGUGCAAUGAACAUACAGCAUAGUGCCCUAAGCUUACAAAUGCUUACUGAAGGAGCUGCUUUUGAUUUGUAUCAAAACUGUGAUAUUUUUUCUGUCCAGGAAUAGCAUAGCUGCGCAAAAUGCUGCUUUUACCUCAUGCCGCAAAAAGACUGCUACAGAACGUCCUCAUCAGCCAAAACUGAAGGAAUAUAGUGUAUCGCUGACUGGGCAAAGCACAACAGGUACUUCAGUCAGCUUAGUAGCACUUUACAUGUGUGGACAUAUGUGUCCAUAUUCCCUGCUUACGAGAAGCCCCUUUUUCUGAUGCUUUUACUACCUCCUUGGGCAAGAAAUUGGAAAACGGAGAAAGCUGUAAAAAUCCACCAAUAACAUGUUGUCAAUACUAGAAUAUCAGAGGGAGACAACUUUCAUACAGAAAGAACAAAGACAGUGGGAACCGUGCAAUAUUUCACAUUGAAAUACAAAUGAAAGUCUCUUUAUAUGAUGAUCAAAUUGUAUAAGCAUAUAAGCCUGAGGUUUUAUUUGUUUGUUUGCUGUGCGAGUUAGCUGACUAGAAUAGGUACAACUUAGGUAACAUAAUAACAUGAUACUGUAGAAACGAGAGAAAAUGCAUUUUAAAAUGUUGCAUCUUCUAGCAUGCUUGUAGUUGUUCAACUGAAAAGAAGAAUUUGGGUUUUACCAAAGAGAGGACAGCACAAGAGAUGGGUGAUCUAUCACAGAUACACUACUGACUUUUCACUUUAAAUGCUGUCUCAAAAUGUAGCACAGUGGUUCGCUAGCAUUUUCACUUGAUCUCCUCAGCUCUCGCUGGGAGAGGACUCCUGCUGCCACCAAAUCCUAAAGCUACACAUGUUGUUUUUAGCUUUUACUAUCAAGACCAUGGUGGUAUUCUUUUUUAUACUUUUCUAGAAAAUAAGAACAAAUCGAAAAAAAAAAAAAAAAAAAAAAAA